CUGGGCAGUCGGUCGGACGAGCGGGCAGUGUCGGGUGUCCGCGCGCGCUCCUGGGAGCACACGGCAGGGUCGUGCGCCGAUUGGUGAUGGAGGAGGCGGCGCGGCGGCUGGUGCCGCUGUGGGCCGCGCUGCUGGUGGUGCCGCUGGUGCUGGUGUCUGCUCAGACCGAAGUGGGAGGUAUCUACAGCCAACGGACGCGCUGGGAGCGCGCCCGUUCGCCCUAUGUGGCCAGCAGCGAUGUGCUUAUCACGGAGACGGGCGAGGUCGAGGUCGAGCCGGGCGUUGUGGUGGAGUUUCGACCCGGUAUCGGUGUGACCGUGCGCGGCGGACGACUGGUCGCUGAGGGCACCGAGCGGGACCGGAUAGUGUUCACGACCUCUGAGGAGCCGCCUCGUCCCCCUGCACCCAGCCUGCGUCUGGUGGAUGGCCCCACCCCCUGGCAGGGACGGGUACAGAUCCUGCACAAGGACCACUGGCGCUCCGUCUGCACCAACUCCAGAAACUGGACAGCGCCGGACGCGCGCGUGGCAUGUCGUCAGAUGGGUCUGACGGGCGGCGAGUACUCGGAGUGGUACCCGUGGCUGAACGGUACCCGCCGCCUGCUCUACGAGCGGCCCCAGUGUACCGGUACAGAGGCGCGUGUACAGGACUGCCACUGGGAUACCCGAGCCAUGGGAGCCGGCAUAUGCGAUGAGCAUGCUGACCUGGCGUUGCGCUGCCUGCCCGUAUUCGACCUGACCCGACCGGCCGCCCACUGGCGCGGCCUAAGGUUCGAGCGGGCCGACCACACCAAACUGCUGACCGCCGACGACACGCUCUACCAGAAGUUCUCCGAGUCCAAACUGUACCACGUGGAUGUGCUGGGAGCCGGCAUGGGGCUGGGCAGACAGGCACACGCGGCCAUUGAGAGUAUCGGCGUGCCUCCGCGUCUGUACGGUGUAACGGUGCGCCGAUCGGCCUACGGAGGCAUUAACAUUACUUCGCCCGACUCGCUGGUUAUCGUCAACAACUGCACAGUGGAGGAGAACGCGGGUAUCGGCGUCUACAUGAACACCUCCACGGGCCUAGCGCGCGUCCACGACUGCCGGAUCCGCGAUAACGGGGCCGACGGUAUCAAAUUUGUCCAGCACGACAUUCAGAUCCCGCGCCGGGAGGUGGACGGCACGCCGGUCACCGACUUCUGCAGCUCCGGUACCAUCGCACAGCAGAUCUUCCCCAUCUACACGGUGGCACAGCAGUUCAAGACCAGUUACCGGCCCAUUCAGUGUCAAAAGCGUUUCCGCGCGCGGCCCGGCCUCGUGCUCACUGUCAACUUCCUCUACCUGAUGAACGAACGGGACGACGACGCCCAGCUGAGCUUCUACGAUGGCACGUCAACAUCCUCCCCACUGCUCGGGACGUUCAAGGUCCGUAACGCCACCCGGCCCCAGAGUCUGGUGACCACCCGUCACCAGCUUCUGGUGACGUUCUCGGCGCUGAACCGUACCCAGACAGAGGUCAUCAUGGCCAUCACGGCCGGAGAUGGGAAGACCCACGACCUGAACGUCUCCAGCUGUGACGUAUCCAACAACAACGGACGUGGCAUCGCCGUCGAGAACCUGCGCUCGCUCGUCCACGUGCACCGCACGCUCGUGGCCAACAACUCACACGUGGCCGGCGUGCACGUGCUGGGUGGUGCCGGUGAUGUCAACAUCACGUGGUCCCAGAUCACGAACAACAUCGGUGACGGCAUCAAUAUCACCUACGCGGGCGGCAACAAGAACAUUUCUUGGUGUGAGAUCGCUGGCAACUCGGGUCGUGGCGUGUCCCUCUGGUACAAUGAGACAGAUCAUAAGGUGACAUUCAGCCAGGAGUUUGUCCUCGCCUACUCGAAACUCUCCGAGAACGAACUACAAGGCGUGUUUGUCGGCAACUUCUGCCGAGAUUCGUUUGUGAAUAUUAGUGGUAAUGUGUUCCAGCGGUCAUUCUGGGACGCGUUGGAUAUUUGGACGUGUCAGGAGGCUACAAAAGGGAAGCUUCUGCUGCAGAUCGGUAACAACCGCUUCCUCAGGAAUGAGCGACUCGGCAUCAACAUCGAACCAGUGGCCAACAUCUUCGGUAACAUCGAGUACAACUACUUCGCUGAGCAGCGUGUGGCCUCAAUGCGAGUGUACAGCGGGGACACGCCUGAAGUGGAGCUUCUACCUCUUGAGCUCAACAUAACCAACAACUACUUCGAGAGGAACAACGGCAUUUACGUGGUGAACAUCGGUGCGUCACAGUAUGCACACUCGUCAGCGCAGCAGAUCCUCUUCAGCCGCAACUUUUUGGUGAAGAACGCCGUCGAGGAGCCAUUUCCCAGUCUGAAUCCUCGUAACCGUGUGGCCGCAGUAGUCACUGUUUCUUCCGCUUCUGUCAUUGUCUACCGCAACAUCAUGGAGAAUCCCGAGUCGGAAUACGAACUGGGCGUGCAUUUUGAGGAUCAGAGCGCUAAUGCCAACGCCUCCCACAACUGGUUCGGCUUCAAGCGAGCCAACCAGGUAUACAGCCGUAUAUUCGACCGUAAAGACCGCUAUAACCUGGCCAAGGUGGACUUCGAGCCUUUCCUGCUGAGUGAGAACGACCCCAACUCAAUCCUGCUCUCGCUGAACGAGCAGUUUGUGCCGAAUUUCGGACCGGACGCGCAGAACGAGAUCGGUGGAGAGAUAGCGGGCCAGGUGAUCCUGCCGGAGGGCACGUUCCGAGUGACUCGGGAUAUCUAUGUCCGGCCGGGCGCCCGCCUGACAGUAGCCUUCGGAGUGCGACUCGAGUUCCAGCACAGCGUUGGUAUGAUGGUGGCCGGCCACAUUCACGCCGAGGGCUCGUCAAUGAGUGAGGAGAAGCGAGUGACAUUCAGUCUGGAGGAGCGCGAUCAGCGGGACAACGUCAGCCUGGCGCCCGUCAGACUGGUCGGAGGGCGCACCGAGCGAGAGGGACGGCUGCAGGUGCUGAUUGACAACGAGUGGGGCACGGUGUGCUCGCGCGGCUGGAGCAUCCUGAAUGCGGCGCUGGUGUGCCGCCAGAUGGGAUGGGUGCUCAACCCGCUCGACUGGCAGAUGACGCGCACAGAGAUGCCCCUAGAGGGACUCGACUCGCGCGUGAUGAUGAGCUCUGUGUCGUGCGCGCCGACCGACCUGGACGUGACCCGGUGUCGCCACGAGUCGGCGGCCGAGCUGGAGCACACGUGUCCGCACGAGAUGGACGUGGCACUGCGCUGUUACGACGUCAGUUGGGCGGGCGUUCGGUUCGGUCUGCCCGCCGAGAAAAAUAUACUGAAGAAUGUCUGGAUUGAGAGCGCGGGACUUAUCGAUCAUGCGACGUACACGUUUGGACCAGCGCUGCGGAUGGACUUUAACCACCACGUGCUGGAGUCGGUGGUGCUAACCGAUAACGACGGUGACGGCCUGGGCAUCAUGUACUCGGACACGUUCAAGAUCGACUCUGUCAACCACCUGAAGCGGGUGGAGGCGCGCGGCAACCGCGGCCACGGAAUAUCACUGCGCUCACUGUGGCUCGAUAUGACAAACUGUCUGGUGGAGGAAAACGGCGAGUCGGGCAUCCACUACAACCCGUCCCUGAGCCGACACGAGCAGCGGGAGCUGAUCGGCUGGGCCGGCCUGGUGCGAGAGAGACGCGUGCUGCUACCGUCAACAUCGGUACGGAUCGAGCUGGACCUGUACCAGCCCACCUACCUGAUCACAGAGGGGUCGGACGAGGCCAUGGAGAGAAUCUUCCAUGUCACGACAUCCCGUGAGAACCUGAUCGGCAUUCAGGUGCUGAACCCGAGCCCGCCGGACUCGUCCGAGGACAUCCACAUCUACGACUUCUACCAGAUCGAGCCAUCGGCCGUGAUCUGGCAGCUGCGCCGCGACUUUCUGGCGUUCCCGGUGAGCUCUGCCAGUUACCAGAUCACGCUGCGGUACAUGACCCGAGGCCCGGCCCGCGGCGGAGCUGUGCUGCUGUUCACCGCCAUCAGACGUUCUGAUGUGCGGGAGCUGCGUCUCACCUCGCUGCUACGGUAUGAGGAGGAGCGGGGACGGGUGCCUCGGCUGCGGCUGCACAACACGCUCGUCAGGAAAAACCGAUACGGCGUGUCAGCUCUGUUCUACAGCAGAUACCGUGGCGACCUACACGAGCUCUUCCUCCGAAAAUCGAACGUCUCUAUCGAGAUGUACGACUCUGAGCUCUCGGGUAACCGCGAGGAGGCGGUGUUCUACCUGUCUCCGUUCCGAGAGGACGUGUCUCACAACAUCUCUGAGGUGACCACCGUGAUCAACAGGACGCGGAUCGACAACAACGGAGCCGGCAUCAGGCAGUUCUCCAGGGACCUAUGGUUGUCCAACAACCUCUUCCACUGGGUGUUGGACAACACGACCGUCACGUCCAACCGGCGCGGCGGCCUGGACGUCUCUCUUCCCUACGUGUGGCGCUACAACGAGAACUUCACCCACUCCUUCUACGUGGCCGACUGCACCUUCUCCGGCAAUCGCGACUUCCAGGCAGUGGUCGGAGGCCACUUCGCGAGACUCCAGAUCCUGCGAAACACUUUCCAGGAUAACAUCUGUAACGGUGGCCUGCUAGCGGUGCGUGGCAUGGAAAAGGAGCUGCUGAUUUCUAGGAACGUGAUCCGUCGGAACACGGGAACUUUCAUGGUGGAAGUGGCGGUGGACAGUCAGUCAGAGAUUCUCGGUCACGUAACUGCCGAGAUCACCCGUAAUGAGGUGCGAUUCAACGAGCAGCCGCUGUCCGGCAGGGCGGUGCACGCAGCGCCGAGUCACGUGCUGGCGGUGCGCGGCGUACAGCGUGUCAAUGUCACAGAGAAUCUACUGGGACGCAAUCAGAUGGACUACGAGUUCCUGGCUGGGACUCACUCGUCCAGUCUGGCCACAGAACUGAUGGCUAGCCGAAACUGGUGGGGGACGAGAAACCCACACGAGAUCCGGGAACGCAUCUUCGACUUUGAUGACUGGAACAGCUAUGCGAUCGCGCGAUUCAGUCCGUUCCUGUCGAGGGAUUCGCUGGAUGCGCCGGAAGAGUACGAGUACGAGCAGGAGCACCAGCCCGAUCUGGACAACCUUGGCGGCAGGAUCAGGGGCAACUUCACACUCCGGUACCGUCCGCAGCCCUACAUUGUUCGCUCGGACAUCACCGUCAUGCCAGAGGCCACGCUGCGCCUGGAGCCGGGCGUCACACUCGAGUUUUACUCGUCCGUCGGUCUGCUGGUCCUGGGCACCCUUCUGGCUGAGGGUAACCCUCGCCAACGCAUCACCCUCCGUCCCCUCACCCGCGAGCUGCAACACUUCCGCGUGGGCCGCGCUGUGGCCCAGCGGCAGCUGUGGGGCCACGACGAGAGGCCGGCCAGGCUGAGGCUGUGUACCGCUGGGAAAUGUGGAGGCUCGGAGGGAUUUCUGGAGCUGUUUAAUGCCACCACGGUGCAGUGGGUGCCGGUGUGUGACCGGCGCUUCUCCGAUCGGAACGCGGAGGUUGUGUGCCGCCAGCAGGGCCUUCCGUCGGUGAACGUGCAUCUCCGCCGCGGAAAGCGCACAGAGUUUCACGCUGGAUCUGUCAGUCUGGUCACCACCUGGCCUGAGCUUCUCGAGUGUUCGGGACAGGAGGAGAACCUCGGUCAGUGUCGACUCCGUAUGACUGGCCGACCGGGCGAGCCCGCUCCCCGCUGCCACUGGGAAGACGAGUAUGUGUUCAUCGCGUGUGGAGCGGCCGACGCCAACGCCACGGCGCGCGCGUGGGGAGGCGUGAGGUUCUCCACGCCAACCUUCGAAGUUCAGUCGUUCUUCGAGCGGCUUCACGACGUCCACACCCACGGCCGCGGUCGGUCACGUCAGUCGCGUCUGAGGUUUGUGGAUGUUCUCGGCGCCGGCUGGCUGCAUGGGGAGAAGUCUCCAGCGCUGCUCAGCGUGGCCAUAUCGCCCGACGUUCGUGCGGUGAAUGUGACUGGCAGUCUGAGCGAUGGCGUGACCGUGGUUAACCCCACGCGGACACUCGACUUCAUGCACCUGUGGGUGCACAAUAACCUCGGUAUUGGCCUGAAUACCAUCAUGCUGACCGGCGAGGCGCGCAGCUCCGGACGAAGCUCGUUCGUUCCACUGCAGGAGGUGCCCGUACCGUACAACCUGUUCGGCAUGGUGGAUAUGUGCGACGCCCACAAGGAGAUAGUUGUCCAAGAAAGGAUACUGCUUUACUACAAGUACGACAACCGGCCGGUGGACUGUGUCAAAAUCUUCACCUCGUCGGCUCGCAUCAAAACGUUCGGAUUCAGAUUGCUGCAGUUCAACCUGGUCAAUUCAACCGAUGAGCCACUUCUGACACCGGACUACAUCCGGCUGUACGAUGGCGAUAUCUAUAACGUGACGUCUCGACAGAUGGCGCAGCUGUCGGUGGGCUCGUCUGAUGGCGCGGUGUUCCAUGUGACCAAUGAGACCUCGAUGAGCGUUCAGCUCCAUGCGAGCGGCGCCGGCAGUCGGCACGGAUUUAUCGCUGAAGUGGUGACGCUGCCAGUCUCCAGCAUCGGAUUCAGCCGAUAUGUGCGCCACAACGUCUCCUACUCUGACAUAUCGUCCAACGAGGGCGGCGGCAUCUCCUACAUGAACGCCGGCGAGAUCAACCCGACGCUGACACUGGAGUGGAACCGGCUGAUGGACAAUGGUCGGAGGCUGUACGGCAACUUCACGUCGAGUCGCGCCGCCGUGCUACUGGACGUGCAAAACACCCAGCACCUCUACUUCACGAACAAUAUAAUCCAACGUAACCAGGGCGGCCUGCACAUCCGGGCGGACUCUAACGGGCUGGCCACGGCGCUGAAGGCCUACAUCUACCUGAACCUGUUCGCCGACAACCUGAGCUGGUCCACCCUGUACGUGGAGGGUCGCAAGACGUCCCCAUACCAGGAGGCCAUCCUGUACUACAACUACUUCACCCGGGCCAACUGCACCUUCCAGAACGUGCUGGAGUUCAACCAGGUGGUUGCUAACUUCAGCUACAACCUGGUGCACAACAACCGCGGCUUCCACAUCAUGAAGGUGUCUGGGUUUGAGCGGGUCCACCUGCCCAUCUACCAGAACUUUGCGCACAACGGCUUCAUCAUGAACUACGCUACUGACCGCGAGGAGCGUACCACCGUGCUGGCGGGCAGCGCCGGCCAGCAGUACGCCGAUAACGUUCUGGUGAACAUUGACAACGACUACGAGCUGGUUACCAUCAACCGAACAGAGGAAGAUCUAAAGAUUUCAAACUACAGGUACGAGGUAUGGCGCACUCCACUGGAUGCUCGUCACAACUGGUGGGGCUAUAACGAGACUCUGGCCAUCCAGGGACGGAUCAAGGAUAAACUGGACGGACAGGGACUGCUCAGAGUCGACUUCAGCAACUUCCACAUGAACAACCGCUCGCUACUGAGCGGCAAGUGUCCGCCGGGAUGGACGCUGGUCGACACCACCUGCUUCAUGUACAUGCCGGCGCCCAUGAACUUCACUGAGGCCAAACAGUUCUGUCUGGACGAUAACGCGUCGAUGCCGUACCUGAACACCGACUACAGCGGGCUGGUACGGUACAUCCGCGGCCGCCAGGAGCGCUACAACUGGCGCCUGGACCGGGUCUGGGUGCAGCACCUGGACAUUGUGGAGGGCUGCAGCUACUUCGUACAGCAGCGCGUCGUCACCGGACCCUGCGAGCUGCAGCUGCCCUUCCUCUGCGAAAUGGACCCGCGUGUGACGGCCGACCCGCUGUCGUGGACCCGCGAUGACGUGGUGAUUGGCGUCCUGGGCGCCGGAGCGGCCGCCCUGCUCUUCCUACUGGUCAUCUGCGGCCUGUGGGUGGCCAAGUCGCGUCACAGACACAGGGAGAAGCUGCACCGGCGUAAUAGCAUCCGCAGCAGUGUGCGCAGUACGCGCUCCCUGGCCAGCAGCUUCUCGGAUGUUUCCGGAGGGACCGGAGGGUACCGACGCCGGCCCAAUCCGAACCCGAUGCCGGACGGCGCCACGGGCGGCAGCGUCGACUCGAUCGCCAAACCGUCGUUUGACGAGACCCACUCGACGACCACCUUCGACGAGCGGUUCGCGCACGACCCGCGCCUCGAGAACGCCAACGCCGACGCGCUGGCCCGGCCCACGUUCGACCUCGGUUACGAGAACCGCGGCUACCUAGACCGCUCGACAUUCACGUCUCGCGUGCCCUCUCCCUGGGAGCCAGCGGGAGCGGGUGCCGCCGUCGACAGUUACGACCAGAAAAUGGCCGUGGAGCUGGACGACUGUAAGCCCAGCUCUGUGGCGGACGACUCAGGCGCCAGUGACUCGACUCUGGAGCUGAAGAGGCCGUUUGGGGACGAGGAUGCAGCCUCCGACACAGUACCCGUGUAUGAGGGUGUGCCGGCACGCGGUCCAACCCCGCCAGCAGCGACGGUAGCGCGAUCGGCGGACCCGUUCCCUCGCUCAGCCAGCCUGGCGUCGGAUGACUACUUCCAGCAGGGAAGGACUCGAUCGCAGCCGCUAGAGACGGCCAUGUGAGGUCUGACGUGAUAGGUCUGAGUGUGACGUCAUACUAAGAAGACUCAAGUGUGAUGUCAGGGUUAGUGGUGGUGAGACGGCCAGUGAACAUGGCGCGACAUCUGUGAUACGAGUAGUUCCGGCGUCCGCCGCUCGUGGCGCUGUAGAAGCGUAGUAAACGUGACUAUCGGCCCAGCAUGGCUCACAGACAUUCCAACCAUGGCUGGGUGGGACAAUCAUGAAGAGACGCUACUAGAUAUAUUGAGUGUUUUUUUAUAUACCAUCAUUCAUCACUGCCUGUUAGAAAGCAGAUAGUGUCGCUGAUCUGCUCAAAUGAUCUUGCUGUGUGCGUGAACGAUAUGGUUGGAUCUCAUGUCAGCUGGCGUGCUUGGUGGGAGGCGAGGUAACAUCGGCUCCAUGUUGUUCCAAACUCAUUGUUUAGAAUUGUUGGCGAGAGUGCUCACAUAAGUGGAAAUGCGUGUCUUUUGUAGCUGAUCCAAACCUGUGAUCACAGAUCCUUCCGCCCAUCACGACUCGCGGAGUCACGAAUCACGACUCUCAGAGUCACGAAUUCCCAGUCCGUCCUCCAUUGAUAGUCAUGUGUGAUAUGUGAGCCGAUAAUGUUUUGCAGCAACUGAUCGUAAGUAAUGUAAUGAAUCAUUCAAUCUGGAUGGCUUACGGUAGCAUGAGUUGUGGGUAGAUCUUCCUUCAAAACGACCUCAGAGUUGAAUGUCUUCUCGCUCAAACCAAUCUGUUGGUUUCAAACUGUAUAUAUGUAUCAUACUCUCAUCGCAAUAUGUCGAUUUAUACACCACAAUUUAUAUUGUUUUAUAUAUCUUGUACCUUCUGUUCUUUCUUGCAUGCUCAUCAUUGUGUACUGUAUUGAGAGUCUCUGCCGAUACUGUUAAUCGUCACGUUAUACAUUGCGCCUCUGCUGCUUACUCGAUCCUUAUAACCAGUGCUAAGACAUGAGUGGCUCUUCAGUCGAUCUGACUACCGUCAUGUACCGGUGAUUACCUACUGGCUGAGAUCAGUUUGCCGGCCGAACGAAUAUUUUCCCGUCGGGCCGGUCCGGUCAAUGGCACAUCAGCCUAGGACCGAUCUACGAGGCAAGUUUGAGAGACUGGCCAACUUACUGUGAAUUGCACAUUUCGUAUGAAUAUACAUCUACGAUGCUAGUUA